AUGGUGUUAUUAGAACAAACACAAUAUUUUGCUCCCCAAUUUCAACAUCACAUUCAUCAUUUUCUACACAUAAAACAGUAUACAGUCUCGUUUUCGGCGGGCGAGAAACGAGGUGACGAAAAUUGUGUGAAUAAGAAGGAAGAAAAAAUGAUGCGAUGGUUGGACAUCAACAUUUCAUUUAGUCAUUGA